AUGAAAUGCACGUCCGCCAUUCCUCUGCAAAGCCGCGCACAGGCCGCGGCUACCCUGCUGAUCGGAUACUCGGCUCCUCUCUACACGCUGCCCGUCUACAGCAGGAAGCAUUCGGAGGCCCGGUGCGCGUACUGCCUGUUGGUGCUGGCAGUGUGGACGCUGAUGCAGGUGCUGCCGGCUCCCGUGGCCUGCAUGUUCCCACCGCUCGUACUAGCUGCCUCGAACACCAUCGUCGACGACGACGCCAUCGCCGCGUACACGUCGCCGUACAUACUGCACGUGGUGGCCAUCAUGCUGUUCAUUCGGCUGGGCCACUCGUUCGGCCUGUUCGACCGCGCCGCCAUGGUCGUGAUCCGCCUGAAGGGGACGCGGGUGCGCUCGCUCAUGUUCGUCUUCUCCGGGCUGUCCCUGCUCGCCGCGCUGUUCCUGGACAACGGCGUCACCACGCUCCUCAUGGCGGCGCUUAUCGAGCGCGCCACCAAAGCGCUGCAGGACAGCACCAUCCAGGCACACCAGAAGAAGGCUACGCACGGCCUCUCGCGCAACCGUCGCAAGACGCUCGAGGACUUGCUGAUGCGAGGCACGGAACACACCGACGUUACCUCGUGCCAUAGCCCAGGCCUGCAACAACUCGACCAGCAGUACUCGGCCGCGCCCUGUGAUGAGCCCGCGAACGACGACAACGCCGCAACACAGGCAUGCGACCCGUAUUGCGCCAAGCACUACCCUUCGCUCACUCCGAUCGUGAAGACGACGAUAAAACCGUCGCUGGCGUCCAAUUCGAAGUUCCGGGUUUACGAAGCUAACGAGCCCCCCCGGCGGAUAUCCAUCAUGGAGCGGGGCCACGUCGUGCUGCCGGGCAUCUCGUCGCCCACACCGCCGCGAGUAUCUGUUGAAAAGGUCCUCCUGGUUUCUAUGGCACAUGGUCAAAAGACACCGGGAGCUUUCGACUCGUUCCUGCUUUUGGAAAGGCGGUAUACGUUGUUACACCGGGACCUACUGCUGGGCGCCGUCAUGGUGGCGGUGAUUGGCUCCAUCUUCAGCCCACGAGGAAACACGGCCAACGUCUUGCUGUUCAGCUACUUGCAGAUGAGGUUCUCUCACUUUGUGCUGCACAUCACCAGCUGGGUGCUGGUCAUCUUUCCCGUGGUGGGCUGCGGUCUCUUGGCCUGUCUGUCCGUCAUGUACUUCGCCAUAGUGCGACACCAAGAUGCCGAAGAGGACGAAAAUGCUCGAUUAGAGAUCCUCAAGAUCAUCGAGAAGCAGAGCGAAGGCCUAGGAACGCUAACGCCCGUCGAGCGUCUCGUUAUCGUCGCGUUCAUUCUGGCCGCCACACUGUGGCUCGCAAUCCACGUGAUCGCCUUCUUCGACAACGACGGACGCUUCGCCAUCCUCAGCGAUCAUGAGACGUUGGCGUUGGACUACCUGCUGGUCGCACUGCUGUCGUCGGCAGCCUCCCAGUGGCCCGUAGGCAGAACGGAGGCGAGCGCGGCCGCCUCCGGUGCGUCGAGCGCCCUCGACUGGCGCACCCUGGUAGCGAGCAUACUCUGGGGACCGCUCAUCAUCUACGGCUCGGUGUCGUGCAUGGGACGUGCUCUACAGGUGAGCGGUGCGGUGUACUGGAUCCAGGCGCUGUUGAACGAGUUCAACCUGUUCCCGCCAACGAUGAUCCAGAUCGUGCUCACCGUGCUUUCCUGCGUGUUCACCGAGUUCGUCAGCAUCGAUGUCGCUGUUGCCACUCUGCUGCCCAUCGUCGUCGAUCUGGCCCUAAUGAUUCCGUGCAAUCCGCUUUACUUCGCAAUCCCCGUGGCGGUGGCAUCGUCCACGACGCUUGUUCUUCCGACGGCCGCCAUGCCGAUCGCCAUUCUCGACGACGUGCUCCCUCCGUGCCGCCGCGAAAUGUUGAUACAAGGCACUGUGUUGAAGGUGGUGACGCUUACGUCGCUGAUCAUCUCGAUGAACACGGUGGGCGAGACGCUGUUCUCAUGGAGCGAGUUGCCCAGCUGGGCGCAACAGCAGCCAGCGCCCAACGCCUCGUCCGUCGUUGCCAUCCGGCAGCUCCUCUGGGGACUCUGA